GCUCAGGAAUUAAUGCGUCCUAGAGUAAUUUAAACAGGUGUCAUGCUCAAAUUUUAGGCUGUCUCUCAUGUUGGAUUUACAUGUGUAAGACGGGAGGGGAAAAACAUACUUCAAAGUCAGCGAGGACUGAAAGAGAGAGUAAGAGAGUAAGAGGGUGUGUGAGAGAGAAAGUGGGCGAGAACGAGAAAGAAAGGCAGCGCAAAGUCACACUAGCUGCCAUCAUGCCAACUUUUGUAUUAUCUGUCAGGCUCAAGCGUUCGCCAGUAUCGGAGUUUCAGAGGCAGAACAUACUUUAAAACGUAGCAGAAUUGCUGACGGGGACUGUAAGGAAAUACCGAACAAAAGAAGGGCAGUCUAAGUUGCCAGUAGACGAGAGCCGUCAAUGAAAGGGUGACUUCGAGAGCUUCAGGAACCUCUCUCGCCUCUUAAUAGGAUCCCUCUCUCAACUCACCACUGAGGGAGCAUAUCACACACGCACAGUUUCUCCAGACAUGCAUUUGAACGGCACCUGCGAGAACCAAACCGACAUCACGGAUGGAAAUCCAGUAGUGAGCACGGUGAUGUUCAUCCUGGGUGUGAUUGGGAAUGUCAUCGCACUGGGCAUCCUGGGGGUCCACCAGAAGGAGCGGCGCACCAAGUCGUCUGUCUUCUGCAUCUUGGUAACUGGGCUGGCCCUGACCGACCUGCUGGGCACCUGCUUCCUCAGCCCCCUGGUUUUUGUGUGCUACGCCCACCAACGGUCACUGCUAGGGCUGACCGGGGGCAUGGGACUCUGCGCCCUCUUCGCCUUCACCAUGACAUUCUUCGGCCUGGCCUCCAUGCUCAUCCUGUGCGCCAUGGCUGUGGAGCGAUGCCUGGCCCUCAGUCACCCUUACUUCUACUCCAAAUGGGUACGAGGCAGCUUCGCCAAGGUGUCCCUUCUGCUCAUCUACCUCUUCACCUGCGCCUUCUGUCUCCUGCCCUUCUUCGGCUAUGGCCGCCACAAGCAGUACUGCCCGGGCACCUGGUGCUUCAUCAAGAUGGAUGCGGCGGGCGAGGGGGAAGACGAGGAGAGGAAGGUGUUGGCUUUCUCGCUUUCCUACGCCUCGCUCAUGGCGCUGCUGAUAGUGGUGGUGUUUAUGUGCAACGGCUCGGUGAUCGUCAGCCUGUGCCGAAUGCACCGCAGCCAGAUGACACGCCGUGGCUCCGUGGUGAACGGAGGGAGGAAGAGGAAGAUAAGUCUGGGCUGGUUUGGGCAGGGCGAGGAGGAGAUGGAUCACCUAAUGCUGCUGGCCUCCAUGACGGUCAUUUUCGUCGUAUGCUCCCUGCCUCUCACAAUUGCCGGUUUUGCCAAUGCCAUCGUGCCAGUAGGCGAUGACCAGGAUAACCUUCUGGCCUUCCGUUUCCAGGCACUGAACCCCAUUGUGGACCCCUGGGUUUUCAUCAUCUUCCGUAAGUCGGUGUUCCGCCACCUCCGCUCCUUCCUGCGCUGUCGCUUCACACAGAGAGGCCUGAAGAGCACAGCCCAUUGCAGCCUCUCCUUACCCCCCGAAGUCAACAAUGAGUCUUCCAAACCCUCGUCCUCCAUAGCCCUGAUGUAGGGACCCAGGAUAGAGGGGCGACGUUAGAGUUGGGUGACCUGGGGACCCGCGGCAGGAUAGAGGGAUGAUGUUAGAGUGGGACAGAUUUUGGAGAGUAGGCAGUGGGUGAAGGAGUAGAGGGUCUGGACAGUAAACCUUGUUGACCCCUGUUACUAACAGGUGUCUUAUCGACUGUUGUCAUGACUAUGCCGAUGCACCUACAGAAUGUGUUAAGUCUGUCUGUCGGAUGAAGACACUGCAAAGGGGUGGAUGACUGAGAUAUUAUGCCUUGGCCACCAAACACUAUCAAGUCUCACACUCAAAGUAAAUGAAAUGGACAGGAGCUCCUGCUCCCAACUGAAUGUGUGCUAUGAAGGUCCUCUAUGAGCAGCCUGGAGGACAAAGGCCAGGACAAAGACCAGGCUACAGACUAGGUCACAGACCCAAAGACAGACCAGGUCACAGACCAAAAGACAGACCAGGACACCGACCAGAAGGCAGACCAGGAGGCAGACCAGGACACAGACCAGGUGACAGACUAGGACACCGACCAGAAGGCAGACCAGGAGAAAUACCAGGACACAGACCAGGAGACAGACUAGGACACAGACCAGGAGACAGACCAGGA